AUGUCAGCCCUAUAUUACAAAAUAACAAACCAGUUGCAGGUCAAGAACAGAGGAAAGAACUACGUGUGGCUUGAUCCCUCAGUAAGGGGCAUUUUGGUCAUUUACGACCCACAGAUACCAGGUGUCAGUUUUAAACAAGUUUCGACCCGGAUUCCAAAGUGGAAAUUGGGUCAGGUCAUUUCACAGCUCUUCUGCAACGAGGUAGCCGCAGUAUGCAAAUCAAGCAAGGCCUACCGUUUUAAAGAAAAGAAGCAGCAAUUGCAGGGGGGUCAAUUGACCCCCUUUGCCCCAAUGUGGAUCUGCCACUGCGAGCAGGAAAUUUCCAAUACUAAUGCAAACAACUGCAAGCAGCAAAAGUAUAGCAAUCCCAUGAUGAUAUUGACAUGA